UGCAGGCACCGCCCCCGCGCGCCGCAGUCCCGACGGGAGCGUCUCGACUGUGGCCGUGGCCGUUACCGUUGCCUCCGGGCGUCUCGGGCGGCUGCGGAGGCGCCUCGGGCUCUCAGAGGGCAGCGGGUCGCCCCUCGCCCGUGGCCGCCUGGAGCAGCCCAGCGCUGGGACAGCGGAGGCGGGACGGCGGUGGCGGAGGCGGCGGGCUGAGCCCGGCCCCCCUCCUCCUUGCCUCCAGCCCCCGGGCGACUGCGGACUCCGGGCAGCCCCGGGCGCGGUCGUGACGGCCGAGCAGCAAGCGGGGAUGGCGAGAUAGCGGCGCGGGAGCGGCCGGAGCAGCCAAACUUCUGAGACUCCUGGAAGGCAGAGCAAAGGUGAUGAGGAGCUCUUCCUACCUCCUACCAGAAGUUUCCUCAAUGAAUAGAGGACUGACGACAUUGCAUGGAUGAUGGACAUUUCCUCAUGUUUGAGACAACCAUCCCAGAUGGUGAACACUAAAAGAAUGAGGUUGACUUCACAUUUCCAGUGGCUUUUAUUAACAUUUAUUCUUCUAUAUUUAAUAAAUCAAGUCAAUAGCCAGAAAAAGGGGGCUCCUCGUGAUUGGAAGUGUAUAACUAACAAUUUACAAAUAUGGGACUGUUCUUGGAAAGCACCCUCUGGAGCAGGCGGUGACACUCUUUAUGAAGUUUGCAUUGAAAAUAGGUCCCAUUCUUGUUAUCAACUGGAGAAAGCAAAUACUAAAAUCCCAGCUCUUUUACCGGGUGAUCAUGAAAUAACGAUAAAACCUCGACAUGACUUUGAAAGUUCUAUAAAUAAAUUCACACUAAAUGAAAAAAGUGUUUCUUUAAUUCCAAAUACUCCAGAGAUCUUGAAUUUAUCUGCUGAUUUUUCAACUUCUACGUUAUACAUAAAGUGGAAUGACAGGGGAUCUGUUUUUCCACAUCACUCAGAUGUCAUCUGGGAAAUGAAAAUUCUACGUAAAGAAAAUACGGAAAUCGUAAAAUUAGUGACUCACAACACAACUCUGACUGGUAAAGAUGCAGUUCAUCACUGGAGUUGGACCUCAGACAUGCCCUUGGAGUGUGCCACUCAUUAUGUGGGAAUUAGGUGCUACAUUGAUGAUCCUCAUUUCUCUGGUCACAAAGAGUGGAGUGACUGGAGCCUACUGAAGAACAUUUCUUGGUCUCCUGAUUCUCGUUCCAAAGUUUUUCCUCAAGACAAGGUGAUACUUGUAGGCACAGAUAUAACAUUUUGUUGUGUGACUCAAGAAAAAGUGUUAUCAGCACAGAUUGGCCAAACAAAGUGUUCUCUUAUCCAUCUUGAUGGGGAAAAUGUUGCAAUCAAGAUCCAUAACAUUUCUGUUUCUGCAAAUAGUGGAACAAAUGUGGUUUUCACAACAGAAGAUAACAUAUUUGGAACAGUUAUUUUUGCAGGGUAUCCACCUGAUAUUCCUCAAAAACUGAAUUGUGAGACAUAUGAUUUAAAAGAGAUUAUAUGUACUUGGAAUCCAGGAAGACCAACAGCACUGGUGGGCCCACGCAAAACAAGUUACACUUUAUUGGAAAGUUUUUCAGGAAAAUAUGUCAGAUUUCAAAGAAUUGAAGCACCAGCAAAUGAAAGCUACCAGUUACUCUUUCAGAUGCUUCCAAAUCAAGAAAUAUAUAAUUUUACUUUGAAUGCUCACAAUCCUCUGGGUGAAUCAGAAUCAACGAUUUUAGUUAACAUAACUGAAAAAGUUUACCCCCAUAUUCCUACUUCAGUCAAAGUGAAGGAUAUUAAUUCAACAGCUGUUACACUUUCCUGGCAUUUACCAGGCAACUUUGCAAAGGUUAAACUUUUAUGUGAGAUUGAAAUUAAUACAACUAAUUCAAUACAAGAAUUGCGGAAUGUCACAAUCAGAGGAGUAGAAAAUUCAAGUUAUCUUGUUGCUAUGGACAAGUUAAAUCCAUAUACUAUAUAUACUUUCCGGAUUCGUUGUGCUACUGAAACUUUCUGGAAAUGGAGCAAAUGGAGCAAUGAAAAACAGUAUUUAACCACAGAAGCCAUUCCUUCAAAGGGACCAGAUACUUGGAGAGAGUGGAGUUCUGAUGGAAAAAAUUUAGUAAUCUAUUGGAAGCCUUUGCCCGUUAAUGAAGCUAAUGGAAAAAUACUUUCCUAUAAUGUAUCAUGUUCAUCAGAUGAGGAAACACAAUCCCUUUCUGAAAUUCCUGAUCCUCAACACAAGGCAGAAAUACAACUUGAUAAAAAUGACUAUAUCAUCAGUGUGGUGGCAAAAAAUUCUGUUGGCUCAUCGCCACCUUCUAAAAUAGCCAGUAUGGAGAUUCCAAAUGAUGAUCUCAAAAUAGAGCAGGCCGUUGGAAUGGGAAAUGGGAUUCUGCUCACUUGGAAUUACGAUCCCAACAUGACUUGUGACUAUGUUAUCAAGUGGUGUAACUCAUCUCGGUCUGAACCCUGCCUUAUGGACUGGAAAAAAGUCCCUUCAAACAGCACUGAGACUGUAAUAGAAUCUGAUCAGUUCCGACCAGGUAUAAGAUAUAAUUUUUUCUUGUAUGGGUGCAGAAAUCAAGGAUAUCAAUUAUUACGUUCUAUAAUUGGAUAUAUAGAGGAAUUGGCUCCAAAUGUUGCACCCAAUUUUACUGUUGAGGAUACAUCUGCAGAUUCAAUAUUAGUAAAAUGGGAAGAUAUUCCAGUGGAAGAGCUGAGAGGCUUUUUAAGAGGAUAUUUAUUUUACUUUGAAAAAGGAGAGCGAGACACAUCUAAGAUGAGGGAUUUAGAAGCAGGUCGUUCUGACAUAAAGGUUAAGAAUAUUACUGAUAUAUCCCAGAAGACACUGAGAAUUGCUGAUCUUCAAGGUAAAACGAGUUACCAUCUGGUCUUGCGAGCCUAUACAGAUGGUGGAAUGGGCCCAGAGAAGAGCAUGUUUGUGGUCACAAAGGAAAAUUCUGUGGGAUUAAUUAUUGCCAUUCUCAUCCCAGUGGCAGUGGCUGUCAUUGUUGGGGUGGUAACGAGUGUCCUUUGCUAUCGGAAGCGAGAAUGGAUUAAAGAAACCUUCUACCCUGAUAUUCCCAAUCCAGAAAACUGUAAAGCUUUGCAGUUUCAGAAGAGUGUCUGUGAGGGAAACAGUGCUCUUAAAACAUUGGAAAUGAAUCCCUGUACCCCAAAUAAUGUUGAGGUUCUGGAAACUCGAUCAACAGUUCCUAAAAUAGAAGAUACAGAAAUAAUUUCUCCAGUGGCUGAGUGUCCGAAAGAUAGCUCUGAUGCAGAACCUGAAAACCAUGUGGUCGUGUCCUAUUGUCCACCCGUCAUUGAGGAAGAAAUCCCGAACCCGGGAGUGGAUGAAGCCGGAGGGGCCUCCCAAGUCAUUUACAUCGAUAUCCAGUCCAUGUAUCAGCCUCAGGCAAAACCAGAGGAAGAACAAGAAACUGACCCCAUAGAGGGUGCAGGAUACAAGCCACAAAUGCACCUUCCCAUUACUUCUACUGUAGAAGAUCUCGCUGCAGAUAAUGAUGAUGAUUUAGAUAAAACUGCUGGUUACAGACCUCAGGCAAAUGUAAAUACUUGGAACUUGAUAACUCCAGACUCUCCUAGAUCCACAGACAGCAACAGUGAAAUUGUCUCUUUUGGAAGUCCAUGCUCCAUUAACUCCCGACAAUUUUUGAUUCCUCCUAAAGAUGAAGACUCCCCUAAAUCUAAUGGAGGAGGGUGGUCCUUUACAAACUUUUUUCAAAACAAACCAAAUGACUAAAGUGCUUCCCUGUCCCUUCAGUCUGCCAUCUCGAUAAGCUCUCGUCACUAGUACUGCUGUGUCAGCACUGGGCACCUUGGAGGGAUCCUGUGAAGUAUUGGUGCACCAUUACACUAAAAGUGUUAACACACUUUUGAUGUAGUCUAAAAGCCAAAGGAUAGCAACUCAUAAAUUCAGUCCACACAACUCAAGAUUUGGAACUAUUUGUGAUUAGAGCCACAGAAUUCAUGUGUCCUACCUUCAAGAAGCAUUUUAAGGCUAUUACUGUCUAGUCCAUACAUGCAAACCAAAUCCCUCAGCACCUGUGUUCUGUUCUGUUACUAAUGGUUUUCUCAUGUGUAUAUGUUACAGAAUUGCAAGCAGAUUUACAGGUACAGGAGAACAAAGAGUAACAGAUGAUCUUUAUUUGCUUGACAAUUGCUCCAUUCUACAUGAACACCAAGCAAAGAUUUUAAAACUUUCAACAUUAUUCCCCUCUAUCCACAGGAUUUACAAAAUUAAUAUAAUCUUAAUGUAGUGACAGCUAUUUAGUGUUUUGUUUGAUAAAGUGUGCUGAUUUCUGUGCCUACUGUAUAAUGGUUAUCAAACAGUUUUCUCAGGGGUACAAACUUGGAAAACAAGCGUGACACUGACCAGCCCAAAUCAAAAUUGCAUUUUCUUGCUUUGGUAGGUUUUUCAAAACCUUCCAUUAAUUUUUAGCUUUAAUGCAAGCAUCCCUUAUCACAGCUAAGUGCCCUAGUAUUUAAACCUAAAUUUCUAAGACUGUAGAUCUAAGUUUUUAAAAAUCCAGGCUUUUUUUUGGGACACAAGUAUCAUUUUUAUCAGUAUAGGAGCAAAUUUAAUAUUAUUCAUAAACAUAUAAUCCCAAGAUUUGCUAUUUGAGAUGACUACUAAGCAAUAUCUAGCUACAUUAGCUAUCUGUAUAGUUCUGAUUGCCUUCAUGUUCUACUGAGGAAGACCAGUGAGCCCCGGCACCCGGACAGUGACAGCCUUUGACAACUCUGUGUUUGUAGCCAAUGUUCUACCAAUUGUGCAUCUUACCAGUUUCUCCCUCUUCAGUGAUUAUCAGCCCAGACUGAUAAUCUGGGCUGUUUGAUCCAGGCCUCAAAUUUUUAAGUAUAAAACUAAAAGGAUAAAGUUUCUUAAGGAAAAAUUACUCCAGGGCUGUUUUCUAUGAAAUGUGACGAUGUCACUUUGAAUCAGUGGGCAUACCUGCAUGAAAGGGGUAGCCGUUGCUUCGUGUCCAGAGUUGUGUGUCUUCAUAGCAGCUUCUGCCCAACCUUGGUUUUCAUAAAUGAUGUCCAGAAUGAAUACGAUUCUUGGAAAAGCAGAAUGAAAAGUGAAAGUGCAUCUUAUGUUUUUCCCUGCCUUCAGGUUGUGUGUGCAUUUUGUCUUUUGAUAGUUAAGGCAAAAGUACUUGAAAAUUUGAAGUAUCUGAAUAGGUCAAAAUGUACCUGUUUCCUAUCAUCUGAAGUUCUGUAAUGUAUUGUCAUAGUGGAUCAGGGUUUUUUGGGGUUUUUUUUUUUAGCUCAUAAUGUAUCCUUACUAAAAACCAGGUUGUGGGAAAAAGCCACAGGGUGACAAGGGACAAAAUCUGUUGAAGUACUCUGGUUUAUGAAUCCUGAUUUUAACUGCUAGAAUUCAGCUAAAUUCCUGAGUUUAGUGACAUAUGGACAUGUGGAAUGAAAUAGAAUUAUAUAUACACAUAGUAUAUUGAAACUAUGUAAUCACUCGUAGAGAUAUUCAGCAAUGAAAAAAUGUAUCAGAGCAGAAUCAUUCCUAACAGAGUUUGCUUUGCAUUCUUAUUUAUCCUCUUGGUCUCCUUCCCUUGGUCUCUACCCAAGACACUCAGAUCUGGGACUGCCUUUUCUCCCUGUGGAAGCUUGUCACUCCCAACUCUUGCCUGUGCCCCAGAGACCUACAGAUCUUGUAUUUCAUCUUUUUAGGAUAAGUAUUGGUGAAGGUAAAAGUUCACUGGACUGAACUACACUGUACUGAGAUAGUAAGGAAAGGCCAGAAGAGAUAGUUUGAUCUGUCAUUAAUGCUCAUGCAUUUCAGCUGUGACCAUCUGAAUCUAGUGCUCUUUCUGGCCAAUGUAAUAACUCCUUCACUCCCCAUCCAAGACCUCACUGCUUUUCCUGCAUGAAAAAGGCUCAGAGUGCCGCUCACCUCUCCCCUGUUUCUGCAGUUCUGAGCUCUGUGAUCACUAGGUUGAUGAGAAGCAGUUACACUCUGUUGUCUGGGCAAGGUCGUUGUAACUUGCUAUAUGCUUGGGAAAAUGUGGUCUAGAACCAAGGCCAAAGCAUGUCCCUUGUCUUUCCCCACUGAACUGCAGACAGCCAGACCCAUUGUGGAGAUGGGAAGUUAUUGCCUCCCACCCCCGACCCCACCUGGGCAUGGUGGGGUGGCUUCAACACAAGGAGAGGAGAGGAGAGGGGUAGAGAGAGCGAAUACUCUGUCACAUGCCUGGUUGUCUGUGUCACUGGAGGCACUGGUGAAGACACAGUGUACUGUUUGUCAGUGCCAGACCAUGUGCAAGUGUGAAAGGCAGGCUGAUGGUGCUCAUGCUUUGUCUGGUCCCAUUAGCUCCUCCCUCCCCUGGGAUAGGGAGGUGAGGGUCAAAGGCUUUAGAAGGAGAGGCUAGAUAUGUUCCUCCAGCCCUUCCUGACUGGAAAAAUAAUUGGGAAACCCCUCUCUCUUCAACUAAAGCCCAGCUGUUGGUUAGAACAUUCUAAAUGUCUGAACUAGAAAUAUGUUCCACUAUGUCUGUUGAAUAGGGCUUAUUGUCACAACUCUUAUAAACCAAUUCACUUAUAAGCCAAUUUCAAAGCAAGCUUCACUUGUGAGGAAUGGAUAUUCUGGUGGUCAUUAAUGAUUGCAUUUCUCUUGUGAGUGGCUCUUUUAAGUAAACUAUUUAAUUUACAAAUACUGUUAAAACACUUAGUUAGGCUUUUGACAUUAGAUAGACCUCAUACGUAUGUAUUGCAUGGAUUUGCACCAAUAUACAAUUGAAGUCAUCAAUGUAAUGAACCUGUAGAAGCCUGGAUUUGAGAGUGUGGCCCCACGUGUGUGGAUAGUUGAGCCGCUUGUCAAUGUGCUUAGGUGAUAGAGGUGCUGUGUUCUGUAGUUUAGACCCAGAAGCAGCCAUCACGGAAAAGUGUAAGUGUGUCAGCUUCAUUUUACACCAGCAUUACCUGAAUGGCUCAUGGAUCUGAAGGAUUGCAUUUAAAAUACCUAGUCUGUUCCACUUUCAGAAACUGUGGUAAAAUCAUAUUCUUAAAGCUUCAUGCAACUUGUAUUCUUGUUGGAAAUUAGUUCUAUAAUUUCUUACUCGUCUUCAUAUUUAAAGAACAUUACAGUCCUUUUGUAUUUGAAUAAUUAGUUGUAGUGUAGUGAAGGAGACUAGAAAAUAUUUUCUUCCAAAAGGAAUUUGAAAUCAAUUUUAUGGUAUUUUGAAAUUAAAGUACUCCCUAACAUGUCAAUAUGCAGAAAAUGUUAUCCCAAGUUUUUCUACUGCUCAGGCACAUAAUCUCAUAAGGGUAUUUUUCCUGUCUAAAUAAGUUUUUACUGUUUUCUGUUUUUAGCCGUGUUAAAAUUCAUGUGUCUUUUAUAAAAUGCCUUUUUUUAAAAAUUUUGGAAGUAAAAUAUUAGGCAUCUCAAAAGUCAAAUGUGAAAUCAUUAGCUAAUUACAAAGACUAGGUACAUAGUAGAAGCCCAGUGAGUAAUUUUUUAUUGACCUAGUCCCAUCCCAGAAUGUGCGGAUUUAACAGAGCUUUCCUGAAGGGGGGUGUGUAUCAGGAUCUAGCUUGUGUAGAUCUGAGACUUUUGGCUCAAAGAUGCAGAUUUACUGUAGAAGUGGAUCCACAGUUUGAAUGAAAACUUAGGAAAGACUCAUGUAAAAGCAUCAUGAAAUAUCUUAUUCCUCCUCCAUUUUAAGUGUUUAUAGUAUCUUUUUAUUUGGUGGGUACACAACUUGGGAUGUGUUUGUACCAACCACCAUGUCUUCUGGCAGACCAGCAACACACUGAUGUGUGAGCUUAAUUGAUUAAUAUAAGCUCUCAUUCUCUUGAUAAACUAGUUCUUCAAAGCAUUUAUUUUAAACUGGCAUUUUCCUUCUGAAAUAAAGUUUUAUGGUACCAUGCCCAUCUUGUCUUUUACAUCCAGAAGAAAAUUUUUCACAGAAGAAAUUGACUUACGGUUUAACUUACUGGAGAUUUAUCUUGUAAACAUGAUUUUAGAAUAUCAUUGGAAAUUACUGGUUUGAAUUGGCCUAUGAAUGUAUCUUCAUGGAUUAUGUACCAUGGCUAUUAAUAUUUAAACUUACUUCAAUAGGGUGGUAGGAUUUGUCUUUUCAAUUAGUGCUUUUGUCUCAACUAUUACAUGAUCACAUUCAUGCUAAUUAUAAUACAGAUGAAAUAUUUGCAAUGUCACUAUGGAGGAUUAAGGACAACAUUCAGUUACUUGAUAUGUCAGGUUGUAUUGUGUGUGGUAAAAUUUCAGGGAAUAUGAUUUGAUAUAGAAUAUAUCCAAAUCUUUAUGAUACUCAGUUAUGAUAGGAUUCCAUUAUUUUUAACCAUGAGUAAUAUUUGUUUCUCCUAUAUUAAGAAUGAUGAUACUUACAUAAGUAUCUAAGUUAUAAACAGAAUUUAUGUAAGGCAAAUUCUAACUGCAACAUUUUUAUGAAAAAAGUGUUUUAAAAGGAAUCUCUUCUGAAUGUUUUUAUGUACAAGUACCUAGCAGAAGAACCAUAGAAAUAAUAAAUUCAAAAGUUCUUAAAUAAGUAAAUUGAGAGUGUAACUGAUUGAAUAUUAACCACAUACAAAACAGUAAUAACUUACAUUAUUUUUGGCUGCUGUAACUGAAUACCCUAAAAAGUAAGAGAUGUGAAUGGGGGCGGGGGGCAGGGAAUGAAUGUAUAAUUGAUAAGGAAUUCAUUUUUAUUACAUUUACAUACAUAUUCUAAGACUGCCUUUGCAGUAGCUAACUAGAACUUAAAAAAAAAAACUAGCAGGACAGAUCUUAUGCUGCUCUUAAGGCAAAAAUAUUUUGUGUCCCCAAUUGAAUGGCUCGCUUAAAUGUAUUGAAUUUCCUUCUACAUUUAAAAUGUACUUCCCUUUAGAAUUAUUCCAUUUUAAAUGGGUAACUUUUAGUUCCUGAACUUACUGUUCUUUCUAAGCAUUCCAGUGGUGUAUUAUAAAAGAUCACAAAAGAUUUCUAGGUGAUAAUUUUCGUUAAAACCUGGACAAGUUAGCUGUUAGGUUUAGCAUUAGUAUUAGUAUUUUUGCAACUGAUCAUAGAAAACAAUACUGAAUGAUUUACAUAAAAAUUUUUUCCAAAUAAUCUGCCCUGAGUUCGAUUCUAAAACUUUUCUCCAUUAUUUAUGAUAUAUCCUUCAAUUUAAUAUCUUCCUUCCAAUAUAAUGUUUAGGGAAAACAUGCAUAUGUUAUGAGUAGUUGAAAACAACACACAAAAAGAAACCCUAUUCAGUUCAUUGUUGUGGAAGGGUAGGUAUUGUGUGAUAUUCCAGGAUUUGUUUGGUCCUAUUAUCUUCUCAAAAAGCAGCAUGGCCUUUUCUUACAUAUUUCAAUUCAAAAUUUCUUGAAAAAGAUUAGCCUGGGUAGAAAGACAUCCUGAGUUUGAGACAGCACCACCUUAACGGUAUGUCCAAAGGUAAAAGCAUUUUAAAAUGUUCAACUUUCCUAUAGGAAUAUGUUACCUUUUUUCUCUUUCAUUAGCUGGCCACAAGUCAGAGGUCCUGAUAAUGCAAGGAAAUUACCAUUUUUUAAUUUUCAAAAUUGCAUUACAGUGAAUUACUGUUUACAAAAUACACAUACUGUGAACAGAUAUAGUUUUUUUUAUAAGGUAGAAUGAGUGUUUUUUUCAAAGGGGAUGUUAUGUGUUAAAUAUUUUCAGUUUUUUAUGAAUGCUAUUAACUGUUUACUAAUUUUUGUUUGGUCAGGUGUAUGCAAACAUAGCUGAAAGAUAGGGAGAGACUGUAGAUCCAAAAUUGUUCCCUUUUUCAUUUCUUGCACUACAGACAUUUUUUUAAUCUGAAUGAUCAGUUGUGAUGUUCUGUACCUACAAUCAUGCUUAAUCUUAUAAGGAAACAUUUAAAUAUACAUAUAAGGAAAUAAACUAUAGAUCACAGUAUAUUUGUGUGAUUCCAUUCUGAUUCACAGAAUUCUGAUUUUAAUAUGGAAAAAAACAAGUCCAUUUACAGAGAUGACAACUGGAGUAUUUUCUGCCUCAUGAAAAUUUGGAGGUUUUGUUGCCAUUGCCAGAGUGGGAAAUUGGACAUUUUAUAUCAUUGAAUAAUUUCAGAAUUUAGUUUCCUUUCCAUAUCUUCUGGGAAAAACAUGAUUUUAGCAGGAACAUAGAACAUAAGUAACCUAUUACUAAAACAUGUUAAAUGUAAAACUAGUAUGCUUGGCUGUUAACUUUAAAGAUGUUACUUAUGUUUGUUUUUAAAACAUGCAUGUAUUUAACAAUUUUAUCAUUGUAUUGUCAUGAAAAAAAUAAAUAUAUUUUCUUACAACUUA